GCGGGGCCGAUGCCAUAAGAGCCGGGCUCGUGGAAACGCCAACACCAGUUGUGCGAGUGAGGCGUGAGCAUGGCGUUCUGUAGUCGCAGACGCAGACCGGAGGUCGGCGGGCCCCCAGAGCUGUAUUACGACAAGAGCGAAGCCCUGAAAUACAUGCGCAACUCUCGGAUGAUUGAUAUCCAGACCAAGAUGGCUAGCCGAGCAUUGGAGCUCCUUGAUCUGCCUGAGGAUCAGCCCUGUUAUCUGUUGGAUAUUGGCUGCGGUACUGGGUUGAGUGGAGAUUAUCUCUCAGAUGAGGGGCACUGUUGGGUGGGCAUUGACAUCAGCGUUGCCAUGCUGGAUGCAGCCUUAGACAGAAACACAGAUGGAGACCUGCUUCUGGGGGACAUGGGCCAAGGCAUCCCCUUCAAACCGGGCUCCUUUGAUGGUUGUAUUAGUAUUUCUGCUGUUCAGUGGCUCUGUAAUGCUAACAAGAAAUCUGACAUCCCUGCCAAGCGCUUGUACUGCUUUUUUUCUUCUCUUUAUUCCGUGCUGGCCCGAGGAGCCCGUGCUGUUCUGCAGCUGUACCCUGAGAACACAGAGCAGUUGGAGCUGAUCACAACCCAGGCCAUCAAGGCUGGCUUUACUGGUGGUGUGGUGGUAGACUACCCCAACAGUACCAAAGCAAAGAAGUUCUACCUCUGUUUAUUUUCUGGACCGUCGACCUGUCUGCCAAAGGGCCUGAAUGAAAUUAAGGAAGAAGAAGAGUCUAAGGAAUCCACAUUCACGAAUGAGAGCCAGGCCAUUCUAUCUAUCAGCUCACAGCUUGUCUCCUGCAAGGGUCCCGUACAAGAUUGCGAGGCGAGGGCUGGUGAGGAAGAGCCGGAAAUGGGUGCUGGAGAAGAAGAACCGAUGCAGACGUCAGGGGCAGGAAGUCAGACCUGACACUAAGUACACUGGCCGCAAGCGCAAGCCCCGCUUCUGAGCAGUUAGCUGCAUCCCAUGGGAUAGCUCGGGGGCCACACAGCUAUGCGCUCUUGCCAUCCAGUCCCGGCAGUUGCCCCUGGAAAGUUUUCUAUAUUGAAGUGCCUACUUCAUACAGCUGACGAAAUAGUUUUAGGAAAGUUCUAAAAGUAUUUUCAUUGUUAAAGUUCUAAGAGUAUUUUAUUUUGUUCUAAAAGCAAUAAACCACUUUCUGUGGAACUCUGGCAUUUUCCA